CUUAUUUAAAACUACCUACAUAACCUCAUAUGACAUUACUCGUAUUACUUGAAAAGCAAUAAACAAAAGUUAAGCAGAUAGUAAUGGAGCCAAAAUCUGAAAGUAAAUUCAAGUAUAUUAUUCCUACCCAAAUAGAAACUCCAAAAAGUUUGAUAAAAGGAUCUGUUGUAAAUCAGAGCAAACCGAAACAGGAACAAAAACAUGAAAAAGCGAGUAAAGAAGAGAUUAUGUUUGAAAGUUUAUUUUCUGCUUCAAAUUUAGAACCAGAGGAGAGCCAAUCUGUUUUAAAGUUUGCUAAUGAAUUAGUGGAAAACAUUCUAGUUGAAUCAUUUAAGCAGUUGGAGAGAAAAGCCUCUUUAACAGCAAAAGAGAUGAAGUUUGUUUCACUGAAGAAAUUGUUACCAAAGACCAAGUCAACUGAAGUAAAACACCCAUCCAUAUUUGAGAUGGCCUCAGGCUUCAUUGAUGACAUUCUAAAUGAAUCUAAUAAAAGAGUUGAUAAUUACAGAAUGAUUGGCAUUGAAAGAUUCCAAAGGUACAAAUAUCCAGAAGAGUUUUCUAUCGCGGAUGGUUUAGAGCUCAUUGUAAGGUGUAUUAACAAGUGGUCAUUCAAUCCUAAUUGGUAUUUCAAGAUAAACUAUACUGGUAUAUUGGUUACAGAAUCAUAUUCACAUUUCUAUACGCUUAAAUGGAGUGUCCCCACUCCAUCUUAUCCCAUAGCUCAAGUAACAGCUGAUAUUCACUUUACAAUUGAGAUCACUCCUAUGAAACCUCCACCAGUUUUAAUUGAGAUGUGGUACAGAUUGGAGACUGAUCGGUCACAACACAAUGCUUUCACUAAAAGUUUUAAGGAGUCCCAACUUCAAACUCUAAUCAGGCGCAAGCUCAACGCUUUUCAAUCUUUCACUUUUUAAUGUUUUGAUAAAUAAAGUUCUUUACCAAUAA